UUUCAGCAGGGGCCUCGGCUCCGCAACUGCCACUCCUCCUCGGGGUGUUGCACAAGUUUCGAGGUCACCGGCGACCCCCCCUAGCAGCGCGCCUGGCUCUGGCCCCCGCGAAGGAGGACCGGGCUUGUGUGUUGCAUACUUUCUGAGGCGGCGGGGCGGCGGCUCCAUCCAGCCCAUCGGCUCCUCCUUCUCGGCAUGGCUGGCUACUUGAGCGAAACGGACUUUGUGAUGGUGGAGGAGGGCUUCAGCACCCGAGACCUGUUGGAGGAGCUCACUCUGGGGGCCUCACAGGCCACCACGGGUGAUGUUGCUGCCUUCUUCGUGGCCGACCUGGGUGCCGUCGUGAGGAGGCACUUCUGCUUUCUGAAGUGCCUGCCGCGGGUCCGGCCCUUUUACACUGUCAAGUGCAACAGCAGCCCAGGUGUGCUGAAGGUCCUGGCCGAGCUGGGGCUGGGCUUCAGCUGUGCCAACAAGUCUCUAUCAGCAUCCUCCCAUCUUAAAAAGCCUUCCCGGGACUCCAUACCACCCCCCUGCCCGGUCCCAUGCUCCCACUUGACGGCCAGAGUUGUCUACACUCGCCUGUCUGCGUGCACCUGGCUCUUUGCUUCAGCACCUGCAUCUGAGCCACUGCUUCCCCACUGCCACUGUCACUACUCUGAGGAAUCUCCUCUUACCAACGUCCCCAGAGAUCUCCAGGAUCCAGCAGAGAUGGAGUUGGUCCAGCGUAUUGGCAUCCCCGCCGGUAAGAUCAUCUACGCCAACCCCUGUAAGCAAAUUGCACAGAUCAAGUAUGCUGCCAAGCAUGGGGUCCGGCUGCUGAGCUUUGACAACGAGCUGGAGCUGGCAAAGGUGGUAAAGAGCCACCCCAGUGCCAAGAUGGUUCUGCACAUCGCUGCUGAGGACUCCCCGAGCCGCCUGAGCUUCAAGUUUGGGGCGUCGCUGAAAUCCUGCAGACACCUGCUUGAAAAUGCCAAGAGGAGCCACAUGGAGGUGGUGGGUGUGAGUUUUCACGUUGGCACUGGCUGUCCUGACCUUCAGGCCUACACUCAGUCCAUCGCAGACGCCCGGCUUGUGUUUGAAAUGGGCACUGAGCUGGGCCACAGGAUGCACAUCCUGGACCUUGGUGGUGGCUUCCCUGGAUUGGAGGGGGCCAAAGUGAGACUCGAAGAGAUUUGUUCUGUGAUCAACUCAGCCUUGGACCUGUACUUCCCAGAGGGAUGUGGUGUGGACAUCCUUGCGGAGCUGGGGCGCUACUAUGUGACUUCGGCCUUCACCUUGGCAGUCAGCAUCAUCGCCAAGAAGGAGGUUCUUUUGGACCAGCCUGGCAGGGAGGAGGAAAGCGGUUCCACCCCCAAGACCAUCGUGUACCACCUCGGUGAGGGCGUGUAUGGAAUCUUCAACUCAGUCUUGUUUGACAACACCUGCCCUACCCCCAUCCUACAGAAGUUUUUCAAGACCCACUCAGAUGUCAGCUCCUCUUUGUAGCUCUUCCUGCCCCUCGUCUAUCACAGGCAGAAGGACCCCUCCUACCUCCAGGUGCCCAGGCCACAACUUGAUUGCAUCCUCAUUCUGUAGCUGGGUUGUUAAAUGUGGUUUCCUCCGGCUAGUCUGAGUAAGCCUCCCUGAUGUGCUCAGGAAUUCACUUUUCCACUGUGAUGCACUAGCCCUGCCUGCAUUCUUGUGGUUUCCCACAUCCUUCUGCACUGAGAAAGAACCAGGCUGGCCUCGGGCAGCCAUGCCCCGCGUCAUACAGGAGGGUGGCAGCUGCUUCUCAGUUCCUGUCUCCCUUAGAUCCCCUCUGCCUUCCAGUGCACCUCUUUCUGGUCCAUGCAGUCCCUGAUCCACUCCCCAUUCCCUUCAGCUCCUCAGAUGAAUGAGUGGGCCCAGCCCACUACCACACCCCCGAUCCAGAGUCUCUGUUUUGAUUAAUCUCCAGUUGGUAUUGCUGUCUCAGGCCCCACGAUGUUACUGACCCUCUUUGUGGUAUGUCCUGUUUCUCCUCUGGAUGAUGUUGAAGUUUCUUCCUUUGGGCUGUCAACCACUUACCAGGUCCAGCCAUGUGACCAGAUGCGGGGUCAGGCCCCAGUCUGGUGGUGGAGACAGAUGACAGCACACAUAAUAAGUUAGCUACAAUUGUGUUGGAGUGUGUCAGAGGGACUCAGGCUGGCUGGGGGUUUCUGUACCUUCUUCCCCAAGGAAGAUCCCCUUCACUAGUCAGGAUGGCAGCUUUGCAUCCCUGCUCUUUGUUCCCCAGGACUUUGUGUUUGGACCUCAUGUACAGAAAGUUAUAUUAAACAUAAAUCUUGGUUCAAA